AAAACUUGAACAAAUCAUUGGCUUCUGUUUUUAUGUCAUAGGUUUAAGUGGAAUAUGCUGACGACCAUUUUCGUGAGAGUGCAAGUUCAGAGACUUUUUCGAGGACUAUUUGUACGUAAAUAAGUAUAUUAUAUCUUUGUGUAACUUGGGAGGAGCGGUAAAGUGCAACAUAUUCGACGUGAGGGGUGAAAACCUAAAAAAAACAAUAGAGGAAGAUCCGCGGAAAAAGAGAGGGACUUGGGGACUUGAACCCGGGCCUCCUCCGUCCCACACAAGAGCGGUAUUCGCCGCGCCAUCCAGGCCCUGUUGCGCUUUUUACUUUUUCCGGGUCCUUUUCUCGCACACAUAGGAGAGGCGCUCCCGAUCCCACGAUAUAUUGAUCAACAAGUAUAAUUCAACACUGCCGAUUUUGACGGAUUUAUCUCCGAUUACUUGCAAAACAAUGGCUGCUACUUUCGAUCAAUAUGACAGGUCCAGUUGGUACUUUGGUGCAAUGUCACGUCAAGAUGCCUCGGAUUUACUAAUGGGUGAAAGAGAAGGUGGUGUAUUUUUAGUACGUGACAGCACAUCAAUAAUUGGAGAUUUUGUUCUGUGCGUACGAGAAGACAGUAAGGUUAGCCAUUACAUAAUAAAUAAAAUUCAGCAAGGCGAUCAAAUACGUUAUCGGAUCGGAGAUCAAAUGUUUCCUGACAUACCCAACCUUUUGGCUUUUUACAAAUUACAUUACUUGGACACAACACCAUUGAUUAGACCUGCCCCUAAAAAGUUACAAAGGGUAAUAGCAAAAUAUGAUUUUGAAGGGAAUGAUUCUGAUGAUUUACCUUUUAGAAAAGGUGAAAUUCUGACGAUAAUAUCAAGAGAUGAAGAACAAUGGUGGACUGCUAAAAACAGUGUUGGUCAAACUGGUUCAGUUCCAGUUCCAUAUGUUCAGAAGUACGAAGAGGACAAUCAUUCGGUUAUGGAGAAUAAUUCACGCCCAGAAAGCGGUGGAAGUUCAACUUUGAAUUCAAAUUCUGUACAAGUUUCUGCUUCGCAAAUGCCUUUUCUAGAAAGUGGACAAGGGACUACUCGCAGAUCAAACAUUCAGCGAACUUUGCCCGCAUUUGCAAAAGUAAAACAAGCAAGAGUACCAAACGCAUAUGAUAAAACUGCCCUGAAGCUUGAAGUUGGAGACGUGAUAAAAGUUACAAAGACUAACAUAAAUGGCCAGUGGGAAGGUGAAUUACAUGGCAAGGUCGGCCACUUUCCAUUCACACAUGUUGAGUUUGUAGAUAAUGAGACUGGAGAAGACAAUCAGGAGAUUUAACAGAGGUCUUCCAAGUGUGAUGAGCAAUGAAGUUGACUUGGAGAGUUCUAUAAUGACAAUUUAGAUUUACAUUAGCAGCUAACUUAUGUACCGGUACACAGAAUCAGUCCGUUUUAUAAUCCUCUAUAGAAUUAAUACCCUUGAAUAGACCAUAAUUAUAAUUGGAAUUAUUUUGAUCGUUUUCUUAAUAUUUUAUUCUUUAUUUUAAUAACAUUUAUUUUUCCGUUAAAUUUCAUAAAUUCACGUGUUUCAUAAUUAUUAAUAGUUUCGUACUUAUAGUAAAUUUAUAUUAAUCUUAAACCUGUCCUUUGUUAAUAAAUUUCUUUUACAAUAAGGCAUGGUAUACAUCCAAAAGAAAGCUAAACAGAUACAAUUAAAAAUAUCAAAAUAUUCUUCCUAUUUAAUAUCGUAUUAAGUAGAAAAUGUGUUAUAUGUUAAAUAUUGAAGGCAAAUAUCACACUAUGUUAAAGUGCAAAUAACUCAUAUUUUAAAAUAUUUAGAACAAAAUAAAAUAAUUUCACUCGUUAUCAUCAACAUUUUCGUAAUGAUUAUUAUUAUUCAUGAAUGCAAUCGGAGUAUGUUUAAUGUUUACAUAUUAUUUCUUUUGUUGAAAUUAGAGCAAUUUUGUUUUAAUUUCUCUAGUCGUAAAGUGACAUUGAAAGAAUGAUAAAACUAUUUACUAUAACUAUUAUUGCUGUUUUUCUUAAGAGUAACAAGAGCAUUCCAUUAUUUUUAUGGAAAUUUUGUACCGGUACAUAUCGUGCUGCUUAGCCAUAGGUUGUGCCGCAUGUGGAACAACAUUUUCUACUAGACCAUAUUCUAUUUAAAGACGGAACUGUUAACCGCAUUACGAUUGUAAUUAUACAUGAAUCAUAUUAAUUAUAUAUUAAUAUGUAAUUAUAUAAGUUGCGAUUACCAUAUAAAUUAUAAGAGCAGAAACUGUGAAUUUACGUCUAUAAAUGAACUGUAUUAUUAUAAUGAUUAUAAGUUUGCGAAUUACUUGUUAAUAUGUAAUUAUACCUUUCAUAAUAGCAUUUUAGUUUUGUAAAAAAUAGUAGCAAUUUUGUCGUUCCGCUUUCUACUAUAUACAUUAAUUCUACUGUAAUCAUAGUCAUAUUUGAUUUAAUUAAUGUAAAUUAUAUAUCAUUAAUAUAUAAUUAUAUAAGACGACCAUAUAGUGAUUUUUGUAAGGAUUACAACAUCAAAGUUUUUGUUUAAAAAUCGGUUUAGUUAUAGAAUUAGUAUAAAUGCAGUUAUGUAUGUAUAAAUACAUUUUAAUAUAUAUUUACAUAUUAUUA